AUUGUAAGUGAAUGCAUGGUACUUACCGUACCUUAUACAUGUAACAAAACUUUCACUUAAAACAGGUUGAUUGUCAGUGCAUAUUUCGAGCUUUCAUGCAUAGUGCAAAACAAAGUUGUAUAAAAUUAUAAAAAGGAUUUACUUGAAUACCUCCUAAAUGAACAUCUUUUAAUCUGAACUUGGUCAGUGAAAUUGACACAGAGUAUGGCCAAAUGAGAGGCUGCUAAAAUACACCGAAGUGUUUACACAAGAAAUGAACGGAGGAACGAAUGGCACUAACUUUGAUUUGACAAUGAACUCCGUCAGUACGCCUUCGGUCACAGAUACGACUGCACUGAGCAAUGUGACGACAAAUGACAGCGCAAAGCUCACGGAGAAUACCACGAGUUUAAAAACGGUGACCUGGGGCUCAACUAGAGACGGGGCAUCACAUUUCAGUGGUGUGUCGAGUUUUACAAGCACUGAUGGAAUAAUCCGAGGAAUAGUUGAUAAUAGCACGUUGCAGACAUAUGAAAGCAAUGUCUCAACAACUUUGGUAGUGGGAGUUGUGGUUCCAGUUUUGAUUGUUGUCGCUGUUGUUUCCAUCAUCUUGAUUUGUGUGUUUAGAAAACGAGGAUGUAGCAAAGAAAAUGUGAGGGUUUGGCAGAUUGAAAGAACUCACACAAUACCUACACCAAAGCCACACGCAAGUUGGUAUGAAGAGGAUGGCGCUGAAGUUAACAGCGGUUUCAAUCCAGACAUAGAACUACAACCUAGUAACAUAUUUACCAACUCUGACGCCUUUAACCACGACGUGGAGAUAGCUGCAGAAAAAGACCAAUCCUUCAACAGGAGCUACGAAGAAAAAGAAACUGAAGUAUUUGGCUCUGACGAUAAGUCGUAUAAUCUAAAAGAUUACGUAAUUGAAAGGGACGGAGAAGCAUCGAAUACGGAUUCAGAUCCUGAGAUUACUGAAAAGCAUUCAGAAGAUGACAUAGUAGUGACUCGUGAAGCUGCUUCAGCUGUAAAGGAAUCUACCAUGAAAACCAAAAGGUUUCAGAUAAUUGAAAAUACAAUUGGUGACUACGACUUAGCAGGACCUAUUGGUGGCGAUGAUGUUACAUCAGAGAAUGAAGAUACUGACACAAAUGGUACAGAAGACAAGAAAAGAAUUAUCGCAAAUGAUGAUGUAGAUGAUGGAGAAUAUGUAGCUAUGCAACUUGAAAAUAAUGACAGCGAUAACGUUGAACAGUUUCAGGAAAAUCAGCUAAGAUACACUGAAGACGAUGCAGAUGACAUUUAUACUAAUGUUGACAUAAGGAGAGUACAGAGUAUGCAAGUUACUAGUUUGUCAUAUUUACAGGGUGAAAACCAGCCAGAAGAACAUUUGCCUAAAAGAAUUGCAAGUGAAUGUGGAUUACAUUCUUCGAGACCACCAGUAGCUCAACCACGUGUAUCAAAAAAGAAAAGACUCGAUCCAAACGACUUUCUACCAGCUGUUCCAGUGAGAGCGCCUGUGAAUGAAACUCAAAGAAGUCGUACAACUGAAACUACAUUUGGGCAGACAGUACACGAGGAACAGUGUUCAGAAGACGACAGCUUACCUGAUUCCUCUGGAAUGACUGUAAGAAUUAAUGGAGAUGUAAGCGCUGAUUCUGAUACAGACGAGCCGAAAGCGGAAGAUCUGUAUGACUAUCCAAGGCCACGUAGUCAAGUAGACGAAGAUGAUGAUCCUGAUUCAAUCUACAAAAUUCCGCCAUCUAGAUAUUCAUAAACUAAAAUAUUCUUGCUCUUCCCGUUAAGUACAUGAAGUGUUAUCGUGCUGUACCGAACGUUCGCAAUCCAAGAUCUAAUGCCAAUAUACAUUGUUACAUUCUUUCCCUCUUGUAAUUUUGUUUUUCUGACAUUUUGUUACAACAUGUGAAGGCAUUCUAUAUGAUAGAUAACAUGCUCUCUUUCAGUUGAGCUUUUCAUCCAAGAUAAAACUAUAUUUGAUGUUUGGUACUGUCUGUCCGUUUAGCGCAAUGCACCCUGUCCGCUUAGCUCAACAGGGAGAGCGCCGAUCUACGGAUCGCAGAGUCGUGAGUUCGAUCCUCGGACGGGCCGUAUGUUCUCCGUUACGAUUUGAUAAAAGACAUUGUGUCUGAAAUCAUUCGUCCACCUCUGAUUCAUGUGGAGAAGUUGGCAGUAACUUGCGGAGAACAGGUUUGUACUGGAACAGAAUCCAGGAACAUUGAUUAGCUUAACCGCGCACCGUUACAUAACUUACUGUUGAAAAACGGCGUUCAACCCAAAACAAACAACGUUUAGCGUAAUAAAAAGAGCGCGAAUCUACGUAUUGCUAGGCCGUGAGUUCGAUCCCCGGGCCUAUGUUCCCCAUUACGACGAAAGACAUUGUGUCUA